GCCCACAAACGUCGUUCUGCAUCUGGGGAAACUGAGGCCCAGCUUGGCCGUGACACGGGCCGGGAUCAAAGCCUGUGAGCGACCCUUGCGGUAGGGGCGAUGCGGGGUGAGGAGAUGAAGGCUUUCAGGAGCGGGCUUGGGAGCGGGGAAGGGGCUGGGAGGUGGGUGAGUCCGACCACAGCUCACCUCGGGGACUCUGCGGGGAUCUGCCCGCAAACAUCGACGUAGCUUCUCGGAUCUGGCGUUGAGAGCUUCACGGGCCCGCGGGGAGACGACACGGAAAGGGUCCAGGGUGCUGAAUGCCAGGCCAACGAUGCCUGAAGGCCGUGGGCUGCGAUGGGCUAGGAGGCAGUGAAUUCCAGUUAACUAAUGAAAAAGAACACAAGGAUCGCUCCAGCCCAGGAAUUGGAGGCUACAGUGAGCUAUGAUCGAGCCACCGCACUUCACCCUGGGCGACAGAGCGAGACCCUUUCUCAAAAAAAGAAAAUAAAUAAUAAUUUUUUUAAAAACUCAGCUUCUUUGGAUUGGCAUCGAAGGAUUGUGGUUGGUUGCAAGGGCGAGGUGGAGUGGUGAUGCUUCAGAAAACACACCGUUUCGUUUACUGCUCUGACACCGGCUGGGCUGUGGGCUCGGAGGAAUCUGACUUUGAGGGCUGGGCCUUCCCCUUCCCAGGAGUGAUGCUGAUCGAGGACUUUAUGACUCAGGAGGAAGAAGCAGAGCUGGUGCGGCUCAUGGACUGUGACCCCUGGAAGCUCUCCCAGUCUGGACGGAGGAAGCAGGACUAUGGCCCCAAAGUCAACUUUCGGAAACAGAAGCUAAAGACCGAGGGCUUCUGCGGCCUCCCCAGCUUCAGCCGGGAGGUGGUGCGGAGGAUGGGCCUCUAUCCGGGGCUGGAGGGCUUCCGGCCAGUCGAGCAGUGCAACCUGGACUACAGCCCCGAGCGCGGCUCGGCCAUCGACCCGCACCUGGACGACGCGUGGCUGUGGGGGGAGCGGCUGGUCAGCCUCAACCUCCUGUCCCCCACCGUGCUGUCCAUGUGUCGGGAGGCACCCGGGAGCCUGCUCCUCUGCUCCGCCCCCUCAGCCGCCCCGGAGGCCUUGGUCGACAGCGUGAUAGCGCCCAGCCGCUCGGUGCUGUGCCAGGAGGUGGAGGUGGCCGUCCCCUUGCCCCGCCGCUCCCUGCUGGUGCUCAAGGGGGCCGCGCGGCACCAGUGGAAGCAUGCCAUCCACCGCAGACACAUCGAGGCCCGCCGCGUCUGCGUCACUUUCCGGGAGCUGUCGGCCGAGUUCGGCCCCGGAGGGAGGCAGCAAGAGCUGGGUCAGGAACUCCUGCGGAUCGCCCUCUCCUUCCAGGGCAGACCCGUGUGAGCUGCCUCUCUGGCUCCAGACCUGACUGAUCCUGGGAUUGAAGCCGGGAGCCCAGAACAGGGCCUUCUGCAAUUUACGGGGUGGCGGGAGAAGACGGCUGACCCCUGGUGUUGUGAGCAGCGUGAGUCCUGUCCCGGGAGCGGAUUUUGAUGGGAAGGCACCUCGGGACAGCCCCUUCCACCUGGACUGUGGCCAGGCUGCUUUUGGUUAUCUAGUUUAUCACAGUCAAGGGGACAUGGGAUAGUUUGAGCUUAAAAAAUAUUGGGGACCGCGCGCAGUGGCUCACGCCUGUAAUCGCAGCACUCUGGGAGGCCGACGUGGGCGGAUCUCUUGACACCAGAGUUCGUGACCAGCCUGCCCAACAUGGCGAAAACCUGUCUCUACAAAAAAAAUACGAAACUUAGCCAGGUGUGGUGACUUGCACCUGUAAUCCCAGCUACUCGGGAGGCUGAGGUUGGAGAACUGCUGAACCCUGGAGGCGGAGGUUACAGAGAGCGGAGAUCACACCACUGCACUUCAGCCUGGCGCACAGAGCAAGACUGUUUAAAAAAAAAAAGGGGGGGGGGCGGGGGGAGAACAUUUUAAAUGAUUUUCUCCUUUAUGAUGCAUCUCUUCUCAUGGGGUUUCCCGGUAUCUCACCGCCCAGUCCCUUCGAUUGUGGAAUGUGUUGGGUUGGAGAACAGCUGGUUGCAGAUUUGAAGUUUAGACUAAAGAGCUGGUAACAAACAGCUUCAGAGUCAGGCUUGGCCUGAGUCUUGCUUGACAACCCCCCACCGCCCUGCCUAGGGGUUUGGGGAUGUGAGGAGGUCAAGGAAAUCUGAGCGCCUCCCCCAGCCCCAUAAUGCUGUUAAGAAGUAGGAAAAAUUAAAGCUCCCGGCCAGGCA